AAUGCUUUUUCUAUUGGCGAUCUUAGUAAGAAAUUAUAGAAGCAAAACAUUUAAAGUUUCUGUGUUUGAUAGAAAAGCUACGGGAGCAAAGAUAAUCGUCUUUCCGGAGUAUGGUCUCUUCUUUCCUCACUAUUUGACUUCCAGAGAGGAUAUCUAUAAAUUAUUGGAAGAAAUACCGGAUCCAAUUCGUAGAGUUAAUCCUUGUAGAGAAUUGGGAGGCAAAGAAGAUUUUCUAAUUCAACAUACGCUAUCUUGUAUAGCUAAAAAUUAUUCACUAUAUUUAAUAGCUAACAUUGGCGCGAAAGAAAAUUGCCCUCAAAAUAAUAAACAGUGCACCCAGAACGGCGUCUAUCACUUUAAUGCAAAUGUUGCAUAUUCGCCAAGUGGAGUUCAUUUAGGAAGAUAUUUUAAGAAGAAUCUAAGAGACUUUGAAAAGUGGUACGAUGUUCCAACAUCUACAGUACCAUCUUGUUUUAAAACUCCUUACGGGACCAUUGGAAUGCUUAUCUCUUACGAUAUAUUUAACAGCGAAGUAGCUAUUGAUCUUAUAGAGAAUCGUAAAAUUGACAUUAUUGCAUUGUCAUCCGUUUGGAUAAACACAGUUCCUUUUCAUGCUAUUCCUUUUCAUGCUUCUUGGGCGUCAAUUAUGGGAAUAACAUUAUUUGUAAGUAAUCUGAAGAAUAAAGACGAUAUGAUGUUCGGAAGUGGUAUUUAUACACCUUACAAUGUAUUGAAACAUAGCUCGAAAUCUUACGAGGACGAGCUUUUAAUGGCCAGUCUUGAUAUUCUAUCAACCAGAAGGGAUAUUACUUACUUUCCAGAUGUAAAACUUUCUAGAUUAUUUAUAAGAGAGGCGAAAGAGAAAUUUAAAGCAUAUAUAGACGGAGUGAAUUAUACAAUGUCGUUGUUAAACGGAAGAGAUAACGAAGCUAAAACAAAGAUAUGCCUUAAAAACUUUUGUUGCUUUGUAAUAAUCAAAAACAAAGCUGUUAAUGUUACAAAUUUUGCUGUCGGUAUUUAUAGGGGAAAUUCUAAAGGAAGUGAAAACAUUGUUGAAUCGUGUCUGUAG